ACAGUUGGAUAGGAACUCAGAAAUCAUGUGACUGAUGACUAAGUUAAAUUUUUUCUACUUAUUAAAAAGGAAGAGUCUGAUGAUUAGUUACUGAUUGUCGUUGCAUUUUUAAAGUUUUGAAGAUACUGAAUCAUGUUCCCAUUUAUGCUUUUUUCCACCCUGUUUUCUUCCACAUUUACUGAACCUGGAGAGAAACUCUGGAUCUGCAACUCCUCUGACACAAGUGUUUGGUACUCCUACUGUGAUAACUUGAAAUUCCCUAUUUCAGUAAAUUCCGAGCCCUGUAUAACAUUGAAGGGAGGCCGUGGAAAUCUGUAUCUUUACUACAUUCCAAGAAGAGACUUAAAAAGCUUAUAUUUCAAUAUCUAUGUAUCUUUUAAGUCCGUGAAUUUCCCAGUGCGCAAAGAAGUUAUUUGCCGAGGAUCUGAUGAUGAUUAUUCUUUUUGCAGAGCUCUGAAGGGAGAGACUGUGAAUACAACAAUAUCAUUCUCCUUCAAGGGAAUACGAUUUUCUAAGGGACGAUACAAUUGUAUUACAGAAGCCAUCGCUGGGAACACUGAAGAAAGGCUCUUUUGCUUGAACUUUACCGUCAUACACCACCCUGAUUUCAGUUAGAAUAAAUCGAGUAUAUGUUUUUA